GAAUGAACGCUGUGAAGCCAAUUCCCAUCUACGAAUUUCGCAUCUUCGUUCUCCAUAUCCGAGCACUCUCAAAACCCUAGAUUUCAAAUUGAAAAAUUCUUUGUACCUUCACAAAACCUAUUACUGUUCCGAUCAUGGGUAAUACGGAGAAGUUGUUGAACCAGAUCAUGGAAUUGAAAUUUACGGCGAAAUCACUGCAACGCCAAGCGAGAAAGUGCGAGAAAGAGGAAAAAUCCGAGAAGCUGAAGAUCAAGAAGGCCAUGGAGAAAGGGAACAUGGAUGGAGCACGAAUUUACGCAGAGAAUGCAAUUCGGAAGCGUACUGAGCAGAUGAACUACCUCCGACUCGCUUCGCGGCUCGAUGCCGUUGUGGCUCGUCUCGAUACGCAGGCAAAGAUGUCAACCAUAAACAAAUCUAUGGGCUCGAUAGUCAAAUCCUUGGAAACUACUUUGGCCACUGGUAAUUUGCAGAAGAUGUCGGAGACCAUGGAUCGAUUUGAGAAGCAGUUUGUGAACAUGGAAGUCCAGGCUGAGUUUAUGGAGAAUGCGAUGGCGGGUUCAACUUCUCUGUCGACGCCAGAGGGAGAGGUUAACAGUUUGAUGCAACAGGUGGCCGACGACUAUGGAUUGGAGGUUUCUGUGGGUCUUCCACAGCCGGCAGCUCAUGCUGUGCCGGCCAGGGAGACCGAGAAAAUCGACGAGGACGACUUGUCAAGGCGGCUUGCUGAGCUUAAGGCUAGAGGGUAACAAUUUAUACAAGAAUUAUGAUCUCCGAUUUGUAAAAUCUACAUUUUACUGAUUUGUAAUUUAGUAGCUACGAGAACUUAUAAUAUGUAUAAAUUUGAAGCAUUUGAUAUGUGAUAUGAUUAUUGCAUACUGCAAUGCAUAUUACAACUGAAUCCUUUUCGAAAAUAAUCCUUUCCACCAUGUUUAUUUGAGUA